GAAGAGAACGACGAAUUCUGCAGCAGCCAGUGGAGUAGUUCAUCAUCACCACGUGCCUCAACUGUUAUACCUAAUACUUGGUUUGGCUCACGAACUAAUAUCCGACCAGUGUCAUCAAAUUUCGAUCGGUCUAUUUUAUCCGGUGUUGCUACUGAGCAAGCUCCGAAUGUAACUGAUUACGGCGAGCCUUUAAAUUCAUCUUUAGUUAAUCGUAAUCAAAAUUCCGACUCUAAACUUCUCUCUUCCAACCAAGUCACUUCUACUUACUUACCAUCAAAUUCAACAAUUUUAAAUCGACCUGGAUCUAAACCUGUAUCAACGGUACCACACCCGAUAAUACGACCACCAUUUCCACCAUUUUCAUCGUUAAAACCUUUAUUACCGUCAUCUUCCACUUCACCACUGCCGCAAUCAAGAGAAAUUUGGAACGGUAGUUCUCCACCUUCUUCACUAUCAUUGUCACCAACGGGAACAAAAGUAGCACCAACAAUCACAGCUGGACAUUUAGCAUUUGAUAUUCCAGGUUUACCGGCAAUUGAUUCCGAAGAUACCGACAAUAACAGUCAAAUAAAUCUUGAAAUUUUGCAUAAAACGCCGAUGAAUACUGGCAUUAUCGCCCAUAAUCUCAACAGUAAUUGUGGAAAUAGUUCCACG